GAUCUAUAUUAUAUCACAUGACCACGACGAGCCAUUCUUUACACCAAGAUCACGUGCAUGACUACAUCGAAACGGAUAGUAUACCGACGCAAACCUCCCAAACGACGGCACGCAUAGAGCAGCCGUUGUAGCGCAAACGACGAUCAUCAGCAUGGUGCAGGCGCAGCCAGGAUACGUCUUCCUGCACGUCGCUCGCGUGCAUCCGGCACCAGGAGGCACCUCUUUCGCUCGCGUGCAACUGCUCGACCGCACUGGCAGACCUGCUUCGGACGUAAAAUCCAGCGUGAUUCCUGGCGACGUGCGCCGGCCGCUCCUCGAAUUCAGAGUACGCGAUCGUUCCGAUGUCCUAGAUUUGAGCGUUUUCAACGAAACUAAGGGGCACAACACCUCUUUCGGAAAGCUCGUUUUACCGAUCCGGUGCGUCAAGCCCGAAGACAUCUGGAGGGUCGACUACGGUCUGCAACGCGGUGGAGUGUCAGCAUCCUCUAGUGCAGCUGGCGGAGCAUCGGGAGGAGCAGCCCCGCAACCGCAAGCAGCACUGCAAGUGGUCGUGCAGUACUUGCCUGGCGAGUAUCUGACUGAGUGCGUGACCCGACGGGCGGCGCCGCUUCUAGGUGCGCGACCGGAGGACGGCUAUUCCGGUGACGCUGAUCAUAACAAACUGAACGCUUUGAUAGACGAGCUUCGACAAAACUUCCUAGCGAAGUUGUGGAGCGAACAAACACCUGAGGAAACGAAAGAGAGGCUGCAGGAGGAGGACGAAAGAGAAGCAGCUGCAGCUCAGGCCGAACAGGAUCAUGGAGAGGACCCCUUUGGUCUUGACCACGAUGACGAUGUUGCCCACCUGCACGAUCGGCAUCAAGAUCGGCAGCAGGUCGUGGCGGAAAGUGCGGACGCCAUUCUUCGCGGAGGAUCUUCAGGGCAUAGCAGUAGAGCAUCCAGUCGCGCAGGAAGCAGAGCAGGUAGCAAAACAAGUGUCUUGGGCGAUCAUGGAACGACAGGACAACUUUUUCAUAAAAGUGGAGGCGCGACGAAGUCGACCGUGGCGCCUAGCUCGGCAGUUGACGACAUGUCUAAGACUGAAAAUUACUCUGCCGAGGUCCCUCCAAUAGGCGAAGACGAAGUACUAAACACAAGGGAGGACAUGAACCUCAUCGAUUACGAAGCACAUCACCAGCACCAGGAGGAUCAACUACAACAGGACGUAGCAGGUGGAGCAGGAGCGUCAGAGUACAGAUUUUACGAUGAAGAACAGAAUGAAGCACACCAGUCGGAUGAAUAUAGUACAACAAGGGCGGCACCACCAGGAGGAGCAGAACUUAGAAGUACCAGUGCAGGAGCUGCAGGGCCAUCUUCGGGAAUAGCAGACGCCUCUUCAUCUCUUCAGAGUCGUAUCUCGCAAAAGCUUUACGAAGUGAGUGGUCGAAGUCCAUCCGCCAGCUCAUCUUCGUUGCAUUUGAAGAAGCCACAGCAUAUAUCGUUCGCCGCAGACUGCACUCGGCCUACUGCAAGUUCUGCAACUAGCUCGCUUGCUAGAAGUGCUACAGCUACAGGUACUGGAGGACAAUUAGAAAUGAGCUCUUCACAAUUAGGAACAAGCAACGUUCUUGGAGAAGUUGGAGCUGGAGGGACUGUACUAGGUGCAGCAACAGCAACUCGUGCUACAGCUAGUGCAUCAUUAUAUCCCGUGAGUACAACAUCUAGUCGAGGGGGAGCAACCUCUUCCGGUGGAACGACGCCAACGCCCAUGACAGCAGGCAGCAGCUUAAACUACAGCACUACAGCAAGCGGUAUUACUAGACGUGGUAUGGCCGGAAUUAGUCCUCAGAGAAGAGCUGCGCAGUUUUACGAAAGAAGUCCUAGCCAGGGUUCUUCACGUACUUACGGCGGUAAAAAAAGCAUCAAUAGAGGAGCGCCAUGCACUGGAACGUCGACUCCGUCUGGUGGUGCAUCUGUAUUGAGCCAGCAGCAGGCUUUUCGGUCAGCAGCUGCGCGUAGUGGACAUCAAGAUCAAGUAGGCCAACAGUCCCCCGCCAAUCAAAAUUAAGGCUACUACAAACCUCCGAUCUUUGAAGGUUCAUAAGUGUCCAAGGGACGACGAAGGACCUACAAAAAAAAGUAAAAAGAAACAUACUAGUACAAAGGCUGGGCCAAGACUACAAAAAAAAGUUGAUAUGGUGACAUCUAACACUAACAGAAGCAAAACACCGCAGUUUCGCGAACAGCGUCAGCGAGUCGUCUUCCUGGUUCAGCGAGUCCUAAAAAUUGGCGACAUCACGCCUCCACUCAACGAGACCCGACCGAAUUAGAGCGAGUACGAGCGCAACUGCUAGAAUCCGAAUACAGGGUGCACGAUUUGACCCAAGACAUCGUCAAAAUAAGGGAUGAGGCUGAAUCGGCGGCUAGUGAUGCCAGAAAGUCAACCGAUCGGGCACUAUCGACACUGCAGAAAAAAGAGCAGGAGCUCUCCUUGGUUGUAUGGCCGGAGGAUAUUUUCUGUCCGCAGAUGCCCUUCAUGAUAUUUCUUCCUAGAGUGAGGACAUUGUUGUAACAAUCCUUGUUUAUCCAAACCUAGUCAUAAAUACAAAUAGAAAGAAGAUGAUCUAAUGCCUAUAGCCAAAUUGCGUGAUAAGGAGGGGGCGCUGCGGGCACAUGGAGAGACGAUCGAGGUUUUAGAGGAGAAAUUACGGCUCUUGCGGGAAGACUUGCGAGUUAAGACACAUGACGAAAGCACUGUGCGGGCCUGUCGUGUGGAAUGCGAAGAGCAGGCGAAGAGGCUUUCAAUCUUACGCAUGGGAUGCAGAAAUACAAAGUGCAUAUACUAGUAAAGUAUCCCUAUCUACUACUUUCUUAUUUAUCAAUCUACUUUCUACUUCUUAUAUCAUUUGUUGAAUUUAUAUUUAUUAUCAAUCUACUUUCUUAUUUGAUAUCAAUCUACAACAGUAGACGGUAGCGUACUACAUCAGUAUAAUCCUCUCAAAUUCAGUUCUAGAAGCCAAGUUGUAGCUUCAAACUGCUGCUCUUCUAAUGCUUCUUCGAGUGGAGGCGGACGCGUUGCUUGAGCAAAAUAAGCUGCUGACAGAGGAAGUUGCGGAUCUUCAGGAGAAAGCUCGCUUAGAGCGUGGAAAGAGUGAGGGAGCGGCAGCGGCUGCGGGACAGGAAAUCCAAUCCUUGAAACAGUCACUACGAGAACGCAGUAGUCAGAUUGAACACUUGCGGAGUGAAAUGGGACGGAUUGGAGAUGAGGUAACAAGACAUGGUCAUUCGGGCGAGUUUCUGUGGUAUGAUAGUAGGAAGUAGUACUUCGAUCUAGCAGUAGCAGCCGCGCGGCCCUCAUGAUGAAUCAAAAUGUUGACAAUAACUACCUGUUACAACGCACAUCACAAUCUUGCAGCUUCACGGCACUCGUCAGCAGAAUGUCGAGUUGGAGGCUCAGUGUCAGGCACAACGGGCGAUUGCUGCGAAUGCGGUGGGAGAAGUAACGCGCUUGCGAGGUCAGGUCGAAGAAAAAGCCGAAGAAAUCCAAGACAUUAAGGCUUUUUUAUAUCGAUCGCCUGGUUGGAAGUUAAAGAUACAUACUUCCAGCAACUCUCAUCUCUCGUUCUAUACCUCAUUUUUUAGCCAUAGAAUCAGAUACCAGACUCACCUUUGCCUUUUAUCCAGCAAGAAGUUGUUACUCUCAUUUCUAAUCAAAAAGCCAAUGCUCUAGCAGACAUGGGGAGGCAGCAGAGCCUACUCGAGCUCAAGAUCUCCAAGCUUGAGGCCGACAUCGUCGAAUACAGAGCCAAGGAGCAAGACACAAAGAUGCUACAGGAGAGGGCUGAACUCCGUACUACCUCUUCUACCUUGUAUUUCAUUGUGCCCCCUCUUUUCUAUUUCUUAUUCUUCAGUAUUUUGACUUUCACUGUGUUGUUGAGCUUGAGCUCCUGAACGACAUGAGUUUUUAGAGUUCUGCUGAUGGUGACAAGAAGUCCGCAGAGGCGGAUGAUCGGCGGAUGACCACGCGAUGCACGCAGCUUUUUGAGUUUCUGCUGAACUUCCAAGAAAACUCAACAUCAAAUUGAUGAAGAGGAUAUAAUAAUCUCCCAACAACAAGAACAACCACAUCGACAUCAUCUUCAGAGGGAGCUCUCGAACGAACGAAGCAGAGUUUCAAUCAAGUCUCCGCUGGCUACGUUUCCGAGUUAGAAUCCGAGAACGCGAUGCUGAAGCGCCAGUUUGACGUCCUCAUGGAGGAACAUCGCGAAUUCCUAAGUCUGCAGAAAAAGAAGAGCGCCGAAGAAUACUGUGCCAAGGUGGAGGAAUCUGUUACGGAGCGGAACGAAUUGACUGCUCAACUGAUGAAGAUGUCUGAGGAGAAUGGACAUUUGAUCCGGGAAAAUGCAGAUUUGACCAGUGUCAAGUCGAAAUUACAAGAACUAGAAAAGAAGUGGCUUGCACAGAAAGACCGUACUAAUGAUGAUAAAAUGUUGAUGUUCUAACUUGUAGCAUCCAUGCAAGUUCGUGUUCAUCUUCUAUGUAAAGAUGAUCAUAUUCAUAGCUGGUUGUAUAAGUACCUAAAAAUCAUGGCUGUAGCAGCAUCACAGACUAUGCUUCUCGAUCUUGUCGGUGUGUGUGACGUCUGUUUGUUGUCCAUUCUGUAGACGGUGGCCCUUCCUCAGUCCAAGAGGUAGGGAGCCAUUUCUGACUCUUUCCCCCCUCACAGAAAAGUAGUCCUUCAUUCUUUCUCUUUUCGGAAAAAGUACAACUACAACAGAAAUCGACUUUCACGCGGACUAUUCGUCAAAGCUUGGUAAUGAGUUGAAGGAUGCUCACGCGGAACUAGCAGAGCAACGGACUCAGAUAAGGAAUAUGACGAAUUCCUUCACAAAUUCUGAGAAGAUCGCGACAUCUCAAUACGACAAACUGAAACGAGAUUGCGAAGAGAAAGAAGAGAAAAUACAAGCGCUCAUUGCGAAGGUACUGUAAGUAAAAGUAGCUACAAGUCGUGCAUCUUGGUCACUAGUAGGUGGUAGUACUUAUAAUGAUUGAAGACUAUGCUCACACUUAUUCAAAUAACAUAGAAGUAGACAUGUUAAUGCUGUCCAAGCUUAUAAAAGAAGUAGGAAGUCGAAGUACACAUAUAAAUACCCUUUCUUGUUUAGUACCUCUCCAAAUUCUUCACGAUAUAUAUAAUCAAUAUCGGAUUGUAAUUUCAUCACCUCCUCGCACCAGGUCGGCGAACUUGAGCGUGUGAAGUACACACCGGUUCCUUACGACCCGAUCGACGCGGUCCUGCACCGCUGGAUCGAGGGGUUGAGGCCUGCCGUGCCCUUUUUCCGCAUGUCUCAAGGCUUAUACCUGUUCGGACGCAGACAGGUCCACUGUCAGAUCAACAACGAGCGGCCUGUCUUUCGAGUUGGUGGCGGCUUUUUAGGCUUUGAGGAGUUUUUGGAGAAAUAUCAAGACGAACAACUGGAAUUGUUGUUGACAAAGGAGACACUCGCAAAAGGACAGUGCUUUUCUGAGCUGAAGCGCAUACUACUGGGAGGAACAGACGACGCAGAGCUACAGAUGUCGCAGGAUCAACUUCAUGUUCACUACAAUUAGUGGAUAAGAUCAGGCUAUCAGGUUUUGACUAGAAGAAGUAAAAAGAUGUUAAGACACUUACUGCUGGUAGAAAAACUACAUACUCCAUGAUUUUCCAUUCCUUUCAUUCAACAUUCAUCAUACGGCCCCGUAAGCAGCUCCAAGACAAAGAAAUUUCCGGCUGUCUUACCACGUCUGUUUUUCCUAACUGAGCACUGUUAGCCACAAGAAGAACCAUAUCAUGUAGAAUCAUUCGAUAUUCGUAUUCGACUAGCACGGAGGAGCAUCAUAUGCAUCUGCUCUUUGCUUCGGAGAUGAAGUAAACUGAUUUAUUAUGCAACUAGCUAUUCCUAUGGGCAGCAUUGUAGUUGUAGCGACUGUCAUUAUUGUACAGCAAGAAGAAUGUAUAGCAACGCGUGAGUAAACGGAAAGCGAAAGAUAAUGACACGAUUACAAUGUAUGAUCAUUCGAGCCACCAGCAAUUUCAAGACGAAUUAUAAAAAUGGACACUGCUCAAGCGAUUUUUUCAUCGGAAUGAGAAGCAAAAGUGUUAUAGUCACUAUAGUGAGCAUCAGCAUAGCCUGUCGUUUUAGUAAACAUUGUUGAUCAUGUAGAGCUGCUUCUUAUCGUCGGCGUUGAGCGAAGAAGAAAAAAAGAUCGAUUAUACUGAUUCCAUUCGUUUUUCUGUCAGCAUGCAGUAGUGUUUGGGAGAAGAGGAUGCUGAUGCCCGAAAGAGCUAAAACACACAUCUAAUCUAUGUCCUCGAGCUCGAGCGACACUAUCCAUUCGCAAUUUACGUGGCUUGUUGAGAAAAAAUAUAUAGGUCCCCUACUCAGGCCCUGAUAGCCAGGUCGGGUUUUUGUGAGCGUUAUAAUUGUAGUAGAACCUGAGAAGUUGCUAAAGUCAAAUUCAGAGCAGACCGCGACCGCCAGGGAAGAGGCCUUAGCUGAAGAUUUUUCACCUUGCUUAGCGUUUUGCACAUGUGAAAUGGCUUUUCGUCUUGGUUCAGUGGUACUUACUUCUGUUGAAGAUGAAGAAGCAAGUAAAGAGCGGAACCAAAUUAUUAAGAGACGAGAUAGACAAGACCAAAGAGGGCCAUGUCAAUGUGUUAAAAAAAAGUCAUCAACGGCCACGGCCAGCACGCUGGUG